AUGGACUGGGAAGGUGCAGUUUCAGGAUCCGAUAUGGAGGUUCCCAUCCCUCUUCCUUUAGCCUCUGAAUCGCAACAACCCUACGUCUCUGAACUUCUCUCCUUCACUCUCGAUCGCCUUCACAAGGAACCCGAACUUCUCCGCGUCGAUGCCGAACGGAUCCGUCGCCAAAUGCAAGAGGUCGCCGUCGGUAAUUACCGUUCUUUCAUUGCCGCUGCGGAUGCCUUGCUUGCUAUUCGUCAUGAAGUCUCUUCUAUUGACAAUCAUCUUGAAUCUAUGAUAAACGAAAUCCCAAAGCUGACAUCUGGAUGCACUGAAUUCAUAGAAUCUGCAGAACAGAUUUUGGAGAAGAGGAAGAUGAACCAAACAAUGCUAGCCAAUCACAGUACUUUGCUUGACUUGCUAGAAAUUCCUCAACUUAUGGACACGUGUGUACGGAAUGGAAAUUACGAUGAAGCCCUAGAUUUAGAAGCAUUUGUCGGCAAACUUUCAACCAUGCAUCCAAAGUUACCCAUUAUUCAAGCAUUGGCUGCAGAAGUUAGACUGACUACCCAAUCACUUCUUUCUCAGCUUCUUCAGAAACUUCGCUCAAAUAUUCAGUUGCCCGAAUGCCUGCGCAUUAUUGGAUAUUUACGGCGAAUAGGAGUAUUUAGUGAGUAUGGGAUGCGUUUACUGUUCUUAAGAUGUCGAGAAGCAUGGCUUAAUGGUAUUCUUGAGGAUCUGGACCAGGCAAAUCCGUAUGAGUACUUAAAAGGAAUGAUUAAUUGUCACAGAAUGCAUCUUUUUGAUGUUGUGAAUCAAUAUCGAGCUAUAUUUGCUGAUGAUACAUCGGGAAGUGAGGAAAACUAUGAUGGUGGACUACUUUUUAGUUGGGCAAUGCACCAAAUUACCUCACACCUGCAAACUCUGAAAGUUAUGCUUCCAAAGAUAACUGAAGGCGGAUCACUGUCGAAUAUUUUGGAUCAGUGCAUGUACUGUGCUAUGGGACUUGGUUGGGUUGGACUGGAUUUUCGAGGCUUGCUCCCACCACUUUUUGAAGAGGCAGUUCUCAACUUAUUCUCCAAAAAUAUGAGUACUGCAGUUGAGAAUUUUCAGUUGGUAUUGGAUUCACAUCGCUGGGUUCCCCUGCCCGCAGUUGGCUUUCGUUCAAAUGCUGUUGAAGAAACUAAAGAGGAUGUAACUCCUCCCUCAUAUUUGAUGGAGCAUCCACCUCUUGCUGUUUUUAUUAAUGGUGUAUCUGCAGCAAUGAAUGAGCUCCGUCCAUGUGCCCCAAUAAGUUUAAAACAUGUCCUUGCCCAAGAAUUGAUCAAGGGAUUACAGGCUGUUUCUGAUUCAUUGUUGCUGUACAACACAACACGGGUUCUUAGGGCUAACGAAUCAGGACUUUUCCUCUCACUUUGCCGGGCAUUUAUUGAGGUUGCUUAUCCUCAUUGUGCUACAUGUUUUGGUCGUUGCUAUACCGGUGGAGCAACUCUUAUCAUGGAUGCAAAGAACGUUUAUGAUGGAAUCCGCCGCCUAGUAGAGGCUUCCUCUGCAAGAGAACUCCCAAAACCAGUAAAUAAUAGGGAAGCCAGUGGCAUAGCUGAGAAUGGUGAAGUGCCAAAAAUGGAUAAUGGUGAAACACCUGAUGCCAAAGAAUCUGAAGUCAUCAAUACUGAAUCUGAAGCCAUCAAAACUGAUGAGGUGAACAAAAUCUCUACUUCUCAGGCAGAUCAAGAAGACACUAAUCUUGAAAAAAGCUCCACUUCUCCGACAGGGCAGGCUGACACUAAUAUUGAAAAAAACUCUACUCAGACAGGUCAGGAAGACACUAAUCUUGAAAAGACAGACGGAUAA